GUUGGUUCAAUUCUUUUCAAUUUAAAGCAGCCAUGAGCGAUGGUUUUGAUCAACCUAAGAAAACAAGGUUUCAGGAACAAGAACACGAGCACAAUGAACAUUUUGCAUCAGAAGGCGAUGACACGCGACCAUCACUGCUAACAUCGCGCUCAACGCCAUCUCUUCCUGCACUCGUCAACUAUGCACUUCUCGCUACAGCAAGUUUAUCCAAACGUCCUGGUAUACGCAUGCAACGUGGAUCAAGUCAACAAUCUCGACCUGCAAUAACACCAUCGCCCAAUAUUGAAGAGAGGAGGAGCGCUCCUGUCCAGAGACGGAAUUCGUUCAGCAGUUUUCUUAGUACAAAAUACGGGACCAAACGUAAAACAAGUACACCACCUAAGCCGGUGGAUAUAUCGAAAACCAUAUCUGCAACCGGAGAAUCAAGCGACCCAGCAGCGACAGCGAGUGACGAUUCUACAAAGUUCCGUAAGGGUCAUCGGCCACGGUCUUAUUCCGAGAUCCCAGCCGUAUCUCAUCCAAUUGAACGAGCGCCACCAGUAGCUAUUACUACCAAGACACCUAUUUACGAGUACUAUGGUUUUGUCAUGUAUCUUGCUUCGUUUGUUGCACUAGGCAUCUAUUUGAUCUGGGCGUAUGUACCCGAUGAAAUCCUACACAGUCUUGGAAUUACCUAUUAUCCCAAAAGGUACAUGUGCAAGUAGAUUUUGUUUUUUAAGAUACACCGUCAUCUGAUCCACGUUUCUA